CUCCGCUGCUUCAAGGGUUCCUUCGUCAAUACAAGCAGGGCAUCUGACCACACCGACAUCAAACAAUCGCCUAGUUGACUUUGAUAUUUAGAAGCGGCAAGUCAAAGCCGUCUGACAAUCAGUUUAGCUGGAUAAAGACGCCUUCAGCGGUUCGCUGUUUGCACUGCACAGCACAACAAACUCGCUGUGUUGUCACCUGUUCACGCAAAAAGGUGACUUAAAAACAAAGGACAACAACACCACAUAUAUCGAGAUCUCGCUCGAGGAAUCUCGCCAAUAGCAAGUCGGAAUCAGAAUCGAUUCCGCAUCAAACCAGCCAUGUGUUUCGGCAGUAAGAAAGACGCCAGGGAGGGCGAGCCGCCACGGCCUGCACAGAACCAGCAGCCAUAUGCCCCCGAGAUGAAGACGAGUCUGCCGCCUCAGUAUCACCAGCAGCACCCGCAGCAGUCGGCAAGCUACGGGUACGCUCCGCCUCCCGCUUCGCCGCCGUCUCAGCGACCUCCGGUGAGCUUAGCCGGGGACGACUUUGCGCCGCCUCCGGGGCCGCCUCCGUCCAAGAGACCUGGAGGUGAUUAUGCCCCUCCCCCUGGACCGCCUCCGUUUCAGAGGCUUGGAGAUGACUUCGCUCCCCCCCCUGGACCACCUCCCUCCCACCGCUACCACGAUGGUGAUGAUUUCGCUCCCCCGCCUGGCCCGCCCCCGUCUCAUCACGCCCACAACGACCUCAGCUACAUGGCGCCUCCCCCUGGCCCGCCGCCAACCGAGUCCAAGCCCAAGCAUGACUGGGAGUCCGUCGUGCCAGACACAUCCCUCUUCCCGCCGCCUCCCAACAUCUUCGCCGGCUUUGACCGGUCGCCGGCGCACAACGCCACCGAAGAGGAAGCCGAGGCUGGCGAGAGAUGGUGUGCCCAGCACCCGCUGACAGCACCUAUAACGCUAGACGGCCCUGCCGUCGCCGCCCUCAACGCGCACAACCCGCGCCUGAUGCAGCCCGACACCUUCCGCGGCACUCUCGUCUGCACGGCGCCGGGACUGUGGAACGUCGCCACCGAUUCCCGCGCGCGAGAUUCGACCAUCAUAGCGUACCCACCUCUCUACACGGUAACCCAACACUCCCCGCUCUCCCCGACCAACUCAACCCGCCAGAAAACAAUCUACUACGAAGUCCAACUCACCCCGCACUCGAACCCCCGCAAAGGCGACAUCUGCGUCGCGUUAGGCUUCGCAGCCCUCCCCUACCCGUCCUUCCGCAUGCCCGGCUGGCACCGGGGCUCGCUGGCCGUGCACGGCGACGACGGGCACAAGUUCGUCAACGACCGCUGGGGCGGCAAGUCCUUCACCGAGCCCUUUGCGCCCGGUGAGCGGCUGGGCAUCGGCAUGAGGUUCCGCGAGGUGGGCGGGCGGAUCGAGACGGAGGUGUUUCUAACCAGGCAGGGCAGGGAGGUGGGCAGGUGGAAUCUGCAUGAGGAGACGGAUGCCGAGGAGGAUUUGCCUGUUACGGGGCUGGAGGGGUAUCAUGAUUUGAGCUGUGCGGUGGGGACGAGCGGACAGACGGGGUUGGAGGUCGUUUUUGACCCUGGGAGAUGGUUGUUUCGGCCGGUGGGUUACUGAUUAGUCUAGAAUGGAGAGGGUGGAGUUGACAGUGGUGGUUGGAGGAGUCUUUGCGGUUGGGAGGUAGACGUGUAGUUGUAUUGUUUUGUACCUAUGUAACGCAUUUCCUCUUGAACCGCAACUGUCCCACGCACUACGACAUCUAGCCCUACG